AGCGUCCGAGCACGGUCGCGCCGCUCGACGCUCCAACCGGGUUUACGUUACUGUCUAAAACACGCUUAUCGCAAAAAUAUUUCAACAAUACACUGACGAACUCUAUUCAUCACUCGAUUUAAACGAAAAAGUUCAAUAGUAGAAACAAUUGUGAAUAUCGGACGUUAUAGUGAAAUGUUUCAGUGAAUUUUGUUUACGUUACCAAGGACUAAAUAAAAGGAUUGUGAUCGAAAUAGUUUCAUCAUGUGCGGUACAAUAAGGACUAUUACGUGUUAAAUUGAUACCGAAAUAGACUUUUAUAAAUUGAUGGAUACUUUACAUCCGGCGAGGGAACGCAAUAUACAAACGCCGACGGAAAAAACAUGACACUGAGCCUCCCGUGUCUUGUUUUCUUUCUUCCUUGAUAUUUGAUUUCCCCCACAAUGGAUAUUCGUCAAACUUUAUCACGAAAAUAUCUCUUCAGCCAAAUCCUAUUUUGGUUUGUUGUUGGUUUCAACGUCGCCGAUCAAAGCUCAUUACCGCUGAAAUAUGAAGCUCCCGAUGAUUGCCAGUGGUGGUUGAGAGGUCCUAAUGAUGCCCAUGAGGUUUCUCUCACAUGUAAACUUCGGACAAUCAACAGCGAGUUCGACACUACUAACUUCAGUGUCAUACCGUCGGAGCACACAACAUCUCUAAGGAUAGAGUGCAAUGAAGAAAUGAUGUACAAAAGUUCAUUAGACGACCGCAGUUUCGCGCAUUUAGUCAAACUGCGUGAACUUGUUUUGGAUAACUGUAAAAUUGGAAGAUGGCCGCCUGGCGUUCUAUCCGGACUAAGAGACCUCCGAAAUUUAACGAUUCGAACCAAAAACACGGAAUGGGCCGCUAUGAGCCUAGAGAUAGCAUCAGAGAGUUUUACGGCUGUUCGACAAUUGGAAAAGUUGGACCUCAGUUUUAAUAACAUUUGGUCGUUCCCAGAGAACUUGUUUUGCCCUCUCACUAAUUUAGUGUACUUGAAUGUAUCUUCGAACAGACUUCAAGAUGUGAGUGAUUUAGGCUUCAGAGAGCGUGCAAUUCAUCAAGCCUUGAUAAGUGAACAAGAUGUACCUCCAUCUGCAUCAUCAUUAUCACAUAGUGCUUGUUCGUUAGAUAUUGAAGUGUUAGAUGCAUCAAGCAAUCAAUUUGUGCUUAUGCCUGAAAAUGGUUUUAUGGCAUUAAGAAGACUGAAAGAAUUGCACAUCCAUGACAACGAAAUCUCGAUGGUGGCUGACAAGGCAUUGUCUGGACUUAAACAACUACAGAUAAUUGAUCUCUCAAACAACAAAAUCGUUGCUCUUCCACAAGAUCUAUUCAAAGAUUGCAGGCCAGUGAUCAAAGAAAUAUACCUACAAAAUAAUUCUAUCAGUGUGCUUUCACCUAGUCUUUUCGCAAAUUUGGAUCAACUAUUAGCAUUGGAUUUAUCUAAUAACCAUCUUACAAGUACAUGGAUUAACGAAAACACUUUCACCGGUUUAAUCAGAAUGGUGUUAUUAAACUUAUCUAAUAACAGGCUAACGAAAUUGGACCCUAAAAUAUUCAAAGAUUUAUAUACACUACAAAUCUUAAAUGUGCAGCAUAAUAUGUUGGAAAAUAUUGCAGCCGAUACUUUUGCACCGAUGAACAACUUACAUACGCUUAUUUUGUCAUACAACAAAAUAUCUCACAUUGAUGCUUAUGCCCUGAAUGGCUUAUACGUAUUAUCCUUGCUAUCAAUUGACAACAAUCAUCUUGAAGAACUACACCCAGAUGCAUUUAUGAAUACAUCGUCACUACAAGAUUUGAAUUUAAAUGGUAAUCGGUUAAGAAAAGUACCCAUGGCCCUAAGAAAUAUGCGGUUACUGAGAACCCUUGAUCUUGGAGAAAAUCAGAUAACUUCACUUGAGGAGUCCGGCUUUGUUGGUUUGCAUAACGUAUAUGGCCUUCGUCUUAUUGGAAAUAAAAUAGAAAACAUAAGUAAAGACGUGUUUUCAGAUUUACCAUCUCUCCAGAUUUUGAAUUUGGCCCGUAAUAGACUGAAGAAAAUUAAUAUGAAUGCCUUCGAAACAUUAACAAAUUUACAAGCUAUUAGAUUGGACGCAAAUCAACUCACGGACAUCCAAGGCCUCUUUGUAAAUAUUCCCUCUCUGUUGUGGUUAAACGUGUCAGAUAACCAAAUAGACUGGUUUGAUUACGCCGUUAUUCCUCCGGGACUUCAAUGGCUGGACCUACACAGCAACAACAUCAAAGAGUUGAGAAAUAACUAUCGCAUGGACAAAGAACUACGCUUGCAAACAUUAGACGCAAGUUUCAAUAAAAUGACGAAAAUUUAUACAUAUUCGAUUCCGAGCAGUGUGGAGUUACUUUUCCUGAAUGACAAUCAAAUUACCCAAGUUGAAGCUCAAACUUUUGUUGGAAAAACCAAUUUAACGAGAGUCGAUUUGUAUGCUAAUCAGAUAACUAGUAUGGAUCUCAAUGCUCUUCGACUGACUCCCGUGGACCCUGGACGCCCUCUGCCCGAAUUUUAUAUCGGCGGAAAUCCUUUUCAAUGCGACUGUACUAUGGAGUGGCUACAACGCAUCAAUAAAUUAGACCAUUUGAGGCAGCAUCCUAGAGUUAUGGACUUGGAAAGUAUUUACUGCAAGUUACUAUAUAAUCGUGAAAGGACUUAUAUUCCACUUAUCGAAGCGGAAUCAUCGCAGUUUUUGUGUACGUAUAAAACCCACUGUUUUACAUUGUGUCAUUGUUGUGAUUUCGACGCUUGUGAUUGUGAAAUGACGUGCCCAUCGAACUGUACGUGUUAUCAUGAUCAACCGUGGUCGGCGAAUAUUGUGGACUGUUCGGCUGCUGGGUACUCCGAAAUACCUAACAGUAUACCUAUGGACGCUACUGAACUAUAUUUAGACGGUAAUAAUUUUGGUGGUUUAACAAGUCAUGCAUUUAUUGGACGUAAGAACUUAAAAAUAUUGUACGCUAAUAAUUCUAAUAUUGACGCUCUAUAUAAUAAUACAUUUAGUGGACUAAAACGCUUAACAGUGUUGCAUUUAGAAAAGAACAAUAUAAAAGAAUUGUUAGGUUUCGAAUUAUCUCCUUUGGAAAGCUUGCGCGAGUUGCAUCUACAAGACAAUAAAAUACAUUACAUCGAUAAUCGAACCUUCAUAGAGUUGAGGCAUCUAGAAGUGCUACGCCUGGAAGGAAAUAGCAUUUACGGAUUUGCUGUGUGGCAAUUCACGAUGAAUCCUUAUUUGGUGGCGAUAAGUCUGUCUCGCAAUCCUUGGUCGUGCGAUUGUCAGUAUUUGCACAAAUUCCGCAAUUGGUUUAAGAAUAAUUUGGGCAAAGUGGAAGAUGCCGACAAAAUCACCUGCAUAUUCGAUAACAAAACGAAUACAGUCGGUCCAUAUAUGUCUGAUUUUAACUCCACAUUUUGCACAAGAGAUAUAGGUGGAAGCUCAUCCAUAAUUGAAAACCAGGUCAUAAAUGAUUACCUUCCACUGUUAUUAAUAUCUUUAUGCGUCUUCGUUAUAAGCUCGGUACUAAUAUGCGGAGUAUUUUAUUGGCGCCGCGAGCUGCGAGUCUGGAUUUACUACCAUUGUGGCUUCAGAAUGUGCUACAAAAGUACGGCUUUUGACGAUGAAGCCGACAAAGAUCGCCUUUUCGACGCCUACAUCAGUUAUAGCGUGAAAGACGAGGCGUUUGUUGCUCAAAUGCUAGCGCCGGGUCUCGAAUCAACCGACCCCAGUUUCCGCCUUUGCCUACAUUACCGAGAUUUUAACGCUUCGGCGUACGUAGCGGAUACGAUAAUAGAGGCUGUAGAGUCAUCCAAGAGGACGAUAAUAGUCCUAUCUAAAAAUUUCAUCAACAACGAAUGGUGUCGUUUCGAAUUCAAGACGGCACUGCACGAAGUAUUGAAAGAGAGACGAAGAAGACUGAUAAUAAUAUUGCUAGGCGAGCUACCGAAUAGAGAUAUCGAUCCGGAGUUGAGGCUAUGUUUGAAGGCGAAUACGUGUAUUGAGUGGGGUGAUAGACAAUUUUGGCAAAAACUGAGGUUCGCUAUGCCGGACUUGAGGAAGUGUCAAUAUCAUCGGUCGAAUGUGAAUAUUUACGCUUCGGUGUCCCCGGUGGGGGCCGGUCGGGCGCCGGCGCCGCCCCCGCCGCCGCCGCCGGGCAAGCUCCCCCCUCUGCUGGGCGACGCGCUGGCGAUACCGGCCGGCGUCCACGCACGCGACCCCCACACACACCGCUUGCCGCCGCAUGCGCAGCUCUGGGCAUAGCGUAUGCUUCAACGCAGUGCAUCUUCGGAGCGCACUGCGUACACCUGGCUACCAGACACCAGAAUAGAGUUCUGCUCACCAUACAGCCGGCGACGGAGCUCCAACUCCACCGUUUAUGAGAGCGACUGAUGGUACGAGGUCUUCGACCAACUAGAUGAGGCGUUGCUUUGAUCUCGGACACUUGAAGUGAAAUCCCCUGUACCACGAAACUGCUAGUGAUUUUUGACCAUCGAUAGAUAGAUUUAUUUAGGUAAAUUUGACUAUUAAAAUUUAGACAACGUGACACUUAAUUGUUUCAUAAUAUUGUAUUUUUAAUGGACUAUGUUCAAAAAUUGUCUUGAUUUUAAAUUAAUACUGCUCAUACAUUCUGCCUUUACACGUAUAGUAAUAACAUUAUAUAUGUUAGUAUAACAUGACUUUACCAACGAUAAUCAGUUUACCGCUUUUUUUCUAUAGAUAAAUUUCGUUAUUGUUCGGCAAAAGUGGAAGCGGGAUGAAGCGUCGAACAUUUUUGCUCAUAAAUUCGUUAAUAUUCGAAACGAGAAGAACUUCUCUGGCAAAAUGAAUAUUUAUGACGGGCUACUGGUAAUGCUCCAUUUAUGGACAAAGUUAGAAUGUAUUCUGUCGACUUAUCGAGUGUGGCCGGAUCACAAAGCUUUCCACAUUGUGUUUUGAACGCGAUGAGAAAAUAACAAAUGAUAUCGAUAGUUCCAACAGUAUCUUUGACACUCGUUUGUUUUAGACAAUGUGUAUAACUGUAAAGUAAAAAACAAAUGCUUUGUACAAAAAUUUCAUUUUUGACAUAGGUUUUUAUUGACGUCAGUGUUUAUAUUCAACAUGUAAAGGAAUCGUGUCCUGCACGUACAUAUUUUUUUUAAAGCCGUUGAUUAGUUCACGAGUCGAAAGUCAAUCUUGGUAUAUCAUGCUAACGCAUUGUCACUCGAACUAAACGUGUAUGUCAAAUUUCAGAACAAUAGGUUAAAUUCCAUCCGAGCAAACAUGGUUACAUACAUUCCAAGUUAAAUAAAACUUUUGUGUGUUUUCGUAAUUCAAAGUAAUAAAGAACACUGGAAAUUGAAAAUAGACCUCUUUUGCCUCGACAACGACUAAUGUCUCGUAAAGCGAGAUAUCUAUUAAUAUUUUUUUAAAGUAUCCUAGUCCUCUUGGUUAUAAAUUAAUUGCUUAAUAUUAUUAUUAGUGCGGGUAUUAAAAUGUGCACGUACCUUUUAUACUUCGGACGUUUCGGGUCGUGUUACAACGACCCGUGGUGGCCGAGUGGCUGACUCAGCGACAUGACAGAAUAUUUAUCUACCGCUAAGUAGAUUUUCUGCCAUGUACCGUCACAAAACAACAAAAGUGCGCGUGUAAUACCCGUAUUAAGCAAUUAAUAAUGAAAUGCGAAAGUUUAAAUUAGUUAUAAUUAUAAGUAACUAGUAUUAUAUUACUAUUAAGACGUACGAAUUUGCAAGAUAUUGUGUAAGAAAUAACACCAUUUGUUAUAAAUUAUAUAAGUAGUCUAGUUAGUCACUUGUAUGUAAAAGAUUAGAUAGGUUUGAAUGCUGUGAUUUCAUUAUUUUGUUAAAAUUAUGUUAAGCUUCACUGCAACAGAAAGAGAUGUAGGUAUGCAUACCUUUCGAUUGCACCGUCAAAUUACGGUAUGUAAUUUAUGCUAUAGUUAUGUUAUGCCAACUACACACUAUACAUAUAACAUUGCGUACUUUGUAAUAGAGCUUUUAUGUAUCGCACUGAAAAACCAGCAAUGUAUGCCGAGUCCGCCAAAGUUUGGCCAACUGUUUGUCUUCGAUAAAACUUUUGAGAACACGGAAAUUAAAAAAUAUUCCAUUAAAAGAAAAAUUAUGUUGUAUGUUAUCUAUCAAUUAUAACUUGUUAUGUUUUCCGUCAUUUUGUAAGUUCUAUAACUUUGUUUUUGGCUUGGCCAUUGUAAAAUAUAAAUAUUAAACUAUUUAGCCAUAAUGAUAAAUUUAUUUUUAUAAUCUAGAAAACCCAGGUUUCAAGACACACGAUCCAAUAUGUAAUCGUAAUUGUACAAAACUAUUGUAACAUUUAUAUUGUAAAUAAUAGUGAUUUAAAUAUCCUAGUCAAUAAAUUUGCUUCUGAUAUAAAUAUUGUUUUGGUAAUGAUAAGGGAAUUGCGUGAAAAUGACAUUUUGAGAGACUGUUUCAGAUGUAAAGUUAUAAAUUUGUUAUUACUAUCCAGUACUUCUGCAUUAUCUAUAGUUGUAUUCCUCGUUGAGGCCAUCAUGUGGAAUGUAACACACACACAACAGUUUCCUGGGCAAUAGUGGAGUGUUGAGUGUUGAUAUACGUAUCUGCGGAGAACGCAAACGAGGAUUGAAAAAGUAGAAUUGCAUUUUCUUCUCCAUUUCACAUACUAGCUGAUAAAUCGUCAACUAGAGUGCAGGUUUCCCAGCGACAUUUUUCUUCAUUUUCUUCUUCUUAAUCAUUCUAUGAGAGACAUUGACAGUAUUUUAUGUCUAAUAAGAAGUAACUAUGUUUUUUGAUAAUUAAGUAAAUUAAUUGGACCACUCGCUAAAUUAUUUAUUUUAUUAUACCAAUUAAUUUUAAGUUGUAUCAGAAACUAGUAAAUAAUAUUUAUUAAAUAUCAGUAACAACGAUUUAUUAUCACUAUUGAUAUAAGUUCUAAUCAUUCAUCUAAUCUACAUUUUAACCUUAUAUUUAGCAUCAGUUGAUUAAUAAAUAAAUCAUACGAAACAGAGACAAAAAUAUUCUUCCAUUUACUCAAUAUAUUAAUGCUAAAUAUUUAUUACGGGAAAAAUAUCUUACUGUACUCGUACAUGUAAAUAAUGAAAUGUUUACAACAGUCAUAUUUAUUUGU